AUUGUCUAUUUGAUUAUUUUGCGGUGUGCUCUUCUGUGUUAGUCACAAGAUUAAUAGCAUAUUAUAAUUAACUGCUUUUAAUACAGAAUUAGUUGUUCUUUUAUUUACAAAAAUGGCUCUACACGUUCCUAAAGCUCCAGGAGUACCCCAGAUGCUGAAAGAUGGUGCUCGAAUGUUUUCUGGUUUAGAGGAAGCUGUUUAUAGAAAUAUAAAUGCAUGCAAACAGUUCGCACAAAGUGUUCGUUCGGCAUAUGGACCUAAUGGCAUGAACAAAAUGAUUAUUAACCAUAUUGAUAAACAGUUUGUGACCAGUGAUGCAGGCACAAUAAUUAGGGAACUGGAUGUUGAACACCCUGCUGCAAAAUUAAUGGUUCUGGCCAGUCAAAUGCAAGAUGCUGAAGUUGGUGAUGGGACCAAUUUUGUAAUUGUAUUAUCUGGAGCACUUUUAGAAGCUGCCGAGGAACUAUUGCGUUUAGGUGUAACUACAAGUGAAAUAGCUGAAGGAUAUGAAUUAGCCCUUGCAAAGUCUCUCGAAAUACUGCCCGGAUUACAAACUGAAGAAAUUAAAGACUACAAAAAUAUUUCAGCUGUAGUCAAAGGUAUUAAACCCUCAAUUAUGUCCAAGCAGUAUGGAUGUGAGGACUUCAUAGCUGAACUUGUUGCCAAAGCCUGUAUUGCCAUUCUCCCUGAAAAGACUACAUUUAAUGUUGACAAUGUCAGAGUUUGUAAGAUACUUGGUGCUGGACUUUACCAAUCUGAAGUACUGACUGGAAUGGUGUUUAAACGUGAAGUAGAAGGUGACAUUUCAUCUGCCACUAAAGCUAAAGUGGCUAUAUAUUCAUGUCCUGUAGACAUUAAUCAAACAGAAACUAAAGGGACAGUGCUGAUAAAAACAGCAGAUGAACUUCUUAACUUCAGUAGAGGUGAAGAGUCACUUCUUGAAAAGCAGAUCAAAGAUAUUGCUGAUGCUGGAGUUAAAGUCAUAGUUGCAGGUGCUAAGUUUGGUGAUAUGGCAUUGCAUUUCCUGAAUAAAUAUAAUGUAAUGGCUGUUCGUCUUACCUCUAAAUUCGAACUCAGGCGUCUUGCUAAGACUGUGAAUGCUACUGUCCUACCUCGACUUACAACUCCAACAGCUGAAGAGCAGGGCUAUUGUGAUGUUGUGGCAAUUGAAGAACUUGGAGAUACUCGUGUAGUAGUUUUCCGUAUGGAAAGUUCGGAGUCUCGCAUAUCGACAAUCGUAAUCAGAGGAUCUACUGAUAACUAUAUGGAUGACAUUGAAAGGGCUAUUGAUGAUGGGGUUAAUACUUUCAAAGGCAUAGCAAGAGAUGGGCGAUUUGUAGCCGGCGCUGGCGCCACUGAAAUUGAAUUAGCUCAACAGUUGCUAAAGUAUGCUGACACACUUCCUGGCCUCGAACAGUAUGCUGUUCGAAAGUUUGCUGUUGCUUUAGAAAGUAUACCACGGGCAUUGGCAGACAACUCAGGAGCUAAUGCAACUGAAGUUGUAAACAAUAUAUACAAAGCACAUACAGAAAGUAACAAGUUUGCUGGUUUUGAUAUAGAAUCUGAAAACAAUGGUAUUUGUGAUGCUAAAGAAAAAGGCAUUUUUGACUUAUAUGUUCUCAAAAACUGGGGUUUAAAGUAUGCAGUCGGUGCAGCCACAACUAUCCUUAAAGUGGAUCAAAUCAUCAUGGCAAAGAGAGCAGGUGGUCCCAAGCCCAAGCAGCCCAUGGGUAGUGAUGACGAAUCAUAAUUAGUUUAGAUAAAGCUAGUAUGUUUAUACAUAUACAGCAUAAUUUUGUUUAAUUCUCGAAUUAUCUAAUUAUAUAGCAAAAGAAGCUGUUUCAGUUAAUAAUAAUUAUUUAAUUUAUGUAACAGUAUUUUGAGCACUUGCUACUUUUCUUUUAAAACUUUACUUAUUAAAAUAAGAUAUAAAAUUGUAACAAAUUCUAAAAAGACUAUCGCAGUUGCAUAUGGUCAUUAUUAAAACUAAUAAACGUUAAUUACAAUUGCUAUUGCUGUUCAUAUUUUUAAUUUAUACAGUAAGUUGUAAUAAUGUGUUAUUAACAGUAUGUUGAGCCCAGAUUACAACCAAUUUUAUAUAUUACUAAU